AGAGGUGUGUUUCUGACAAGCCAGAAAGUCAUCCGCACUACAAGGGACUUUGUUUAACUCCUUUUUUUUUUUUUUUUUUUUUUUUUUUUUUUUCCUGGAGGGAAGGAGAUUCUUCAUUUUCGCACUUCAUGUUUUUCUGAAAACUUCACUGAGAUUUUCCCCUUGCACCAGCCUGGACUAAUGGAUUACCACCUGCUUGGACUAAUUUUAUCUUUUCUCUUCAAUGGCACAAAGGUCUUAGCUGGUUACCCAAUUUGGUGGUCCCUUGCACUAGGUCAGCAGUACAGCUCCCUGGGGUCCCAGCCCAUCCUCUGCGGCUCCAUCCCCGGCCUCGUCCCCAAGCAGCUCCGCUUCUGCCGCAACUACAUUGAGAUCAUGCCCAGUGUGGCCGAGGGGGUGAAGCUGGGCAUCCAGGAAUGCCAGCACCAGUUCCGGGGCCGCCGCUGGAACUGCACCACCAUCGACGACAGCCUGGCCAUCUUCGGGCCAGUCCUGGACAAAGCCACACGAGAGUCUGCCUUUGUCCAUGCCAUCGCAUCAGCAGGGGUGGCCUUUGCUGUAACCCGCUCCUGCGCCGAGGGCACGUCCACGAUCUGCGGCUGUGACUCCCACCACAAAGGACCGCCGGGAGACGGCUGGAAAUGGGGGGGAUGCAGCGAGGAUGCUGACUUCGGCGUGCUGGUGUCCCGGGAAUUCGCAGAUGCCCGAGAGAACCGGCCAGACGCCCGCUCAGCCAUGAACAGGCACAACAACGAGGCUGGCAGGACGACCAUCCUGGAUCACAUGCACCUGAAGUGCAAGUGCCACGGCCUCUCGGGAAGCUGCGAGGUCAAGACCUGCUGGUGGGCCCAGCCUGAUUUCCGGGCAAUUGGUGACUACCUGAAGGAUAAAUAUGACAGCGCCUCUGAGAUGGUGGUUGAGAAGCACCGAGAAUCUCGGGGAUGGGUAGAAACUCUUAGGGCCAAGUAUGCUCUUUUCAAACCGCCAACAGAGCGGGAUCUGGUCUACUAUGAGAACUCCCCCAAUUUUUGUGAGCCCAACCCAGAGACAGGCUCCUUUGGGACAAGGGACAGAACAUGCAACGUCACCUCCCACGGGAUUGACGGCUGCGACCUACUGUGCUGUGGUCGUGGCCACAACACCAGGACUGAGAAACGGAAGGAGAAGUGCCACUGCAUCUUCCACUGGUGCUGCUACGUGAGCUGCCAGGAGUGCAUACGUGUCUACGACGUCCACACCUGCAAGUAAAUGUAGGUAGGUCUCCAACUGAUGGGAGGUUGCUCCAGAGCAGGGCCAAGGGGUCCCUCAACCCCGUGACUGGCCCCCACAUGGUGGCCUCACACUCCAGAGGAUGGUAUACAAAAAAUCCUAACGCCCUUGAUCAAGGCAGACACCCUCAGGCAGCCAGCACCAGCGCUGCAGAGAAGGCUCUGGCAUCUCACCCGCACAAGGUGCUCCAAGGCCAGAGCCGGCGCUGCAGACACGUUAGAUCACUGCUCUGCCGACUUCUCUCAGGCUGUUUGGCUGACAGACCCUGGGGAGAAGCAGGGACAGCAGGGGUCCAAGCGAGGCACAGCCACACCAGGCUGUGUGCUGCUAACACAGCGUGCACAGAGCUUCCGGCUCUGUCCUCCACAGGUCUGGCCCGUGUAGAUGCCAACAUGGGGCUUUCAGGUGGAAAUGAAUUUUACAGAGCGAAAGCUGAGCGAGUUCAGGCUCUCCUGCCCGCUGGCAUGGCCAGCCUGGCCUCAGCAGAUGUGGUGAGGAGGAAAGGAGCCAACUCCCCCCACCAGCCAGGCUCCAUCCUUCCUGCUCCGAGGAGAUGAUGGAGAAACAAACCCGUUUGAGCAUGGGAACAGAGCCUUACAGCCAGUCUCUCCUGCCCCCUCCCCUUCGCCCUCACUACUCCCCAAAGCCCCAGAUCACCCCCUGUAAUCCCCCCGGGGAGGCCAGCAGGAAACCAGAGCCCAGAGCUGUGGCAUUUGGCCCAGGAUAAGAGCAGAGCACCCACGGCGAUGCUGCCACCUCUCACAUGGGGCUGCAUCCCUGCUCCAGCAGCCUCCUUGCCGUGCAGCUGCCCAGGAGAGAUGCUUAAGGAUCUGGGCAGAUCCACCCAGCUGAUGCACCUAUUUACUAAAUGGUCCUUAAUAUGACUUUCUAUCCCAGAGCGAGCUCAGAGCAUCUCUCUGGGGACAGGGUACCCGCCAGGCGAGCUGCUACACCAGCUCUGAGCGUCAGGAACGGACAGAGAGACUGAAGCCACGGCAAGAAGAAAUUUCUGUCCAAGCCUUCUCAUCAGCCUUCUGCCAUCAGACAGACUUGUUCAAACCACUUCACCCAGCAAAAGAGAGUUAAAGGCGGAUGGGGACGGGAGACCUUUAACUGACAGCACAAUCCCAGGCCGACCCUCUCCUUCCCACGGGAUUGCUUGAGUGAUCAGCAAUUUGUUCAUGAGGGGUUCACAUCAAGCGCAGCGGCUCCGUGCCACUGGCAGGGGUUUGGGCCCCAGGUGUGGCCACUCGCAUCCCAUGACCCACCUCAGAGCAGAAGAAUCAGCAUUUGUCCCUCCACCUGCCCCCCAGGCCACAUCCCCAUCCUUGACCACAUGCCCCCCUCAGUUUGGGCUUGUGUUUUCACGGCAUAUUGACCCUUGAAAUUAAGAAAACAAACGUUAUGUCUCUUCUGGUGGGCUCCUCCACAAAUGACGCGGACCAAUAACCCCGUUCCAAUCCCACUUCUCAUGAAUCAGUGAUUUAACACAGCAAUACGUCGAAACCACCCACGCAGUGUCUUCUACUCCACUCACUUCUUGGUCCAUGGGAAAGAGCAGUACACAGUACUGCAAAGAGCAAUAAAAUGGGUGAAAGACCCCUCGUAUGGAGCGCAGAACAUGGCCCUGACACUCAAACCUGUGGCUGGAGAGAAUCAGAGCAAAAUUCUCAGUCCCUCCUCCGUAGAGAACGAUGAAGAGCUCCUGGAUUCACACGGACUGAGAAGCGUUAGAUUUCUAAUAUUAAAGAUUGCAGGAGAGCUCUACGAAACCUCCCCAAUUCAGAAAUAAGCCGUCUUCUGAUAUGCAUUCUAUUUAAAAAUAUAUAUUAAAUUCUGUGUCUGGAAAGACUCCAAGUACCUGACUUUAAACAAAAUCCCUUUUUUGUUUGUUUGUUUGUUUUUUUAAUCAAGAAAAGGUAUUUAAUAUUAAAUAGAACAUUUAUUGCCUUGUAAUUAUUUUACUGUAGCCAGGUAUUCUAGCACUGAAUGGA